AUGCACCACGAGUCUCAAGUACGCAAUGCUUAUUGGAGUAAUCCGCAUAUUCCACGGCUCGCAGGUGACCUCGCUGCGGCAACAUCAUCAGCGAUCUUAGUAACUCCAGCAGUGGCAAUCAUCGACAGAGCAAUCGUGGAGAAAUCCUCAUUCAACCAGCCACUUCUCCACGGCCUGCGACGGCAUGCAGUUGCAGCACUCCGACAGCCGGCUUGUUUUGUCUUCCAACGACCAUUCGGCAUUGUUUUCGCUCUCUACGCUGCCACCUACUCUGUCGCUAAUAUAACGGACACCCUCAGUCACAAAUUUCAAGAUGCCACGGCCAGAACUAUUACAUUUGCCACCACUAUGAUGGUUAACGUCCCGCUGGCACUGUGGAAGGACAUCCGAUUUGCGCAGGUAUAUGGCAUCGGCAGAGGUUCCGAUGCUACGAUACGUCACGAUAAGGUCAAUGAAAUGAUCAGCAAAACAAGACAAGGAUCUGUUCCCUUCAAGCAGAACCGGAUAUUUGCACGAGCCGCAGGGGCGAUUUUUCUCAUACGGGAUGGAGUGACCAUUUUUGGAUCUUUCACCCUGGCACCGUGGUUAUCGGCCGCCAUUCCCGACAGCUCCGUUGCGCAUCCCAAUGCCAAGCCGAUCAUCACGCAGCUGACCGUGCCUGUGUUCACCCAGCUAGUAGCUACCCCGCUACAUUUACUUGCCCUUGACAUGUACAUGCGGCAAUACACUGUGCCAUUUGUGGAUAGAAUUAAGCAUUCGCAACAGCAUCUGCCCUCGUCCACGGCGUUGCGCUGCGUUCGCAUCAUUCCUGCUUUUGGAAUCGGUUGUUUGACUAACUUAGAAUUGCGGUCAUUUUUUCAUGAGAAAUUUCGAGCAUAA